CGCCAUUGGCAGCUGUAGGUUCAGCUGGGUGCCGUUAGGGGUAAAGCAACACGUAGACGUAGACGUCUGUCAGUGGGUCAGCAAGUCUCGUGUCGUGUCUCGUUCGCAGUGUUGUGCAUGAUCGGCGAACGUCAUUUAUUGUAAUGCUAAUCGUAUCGCGGCGCAAUGUCUCACCACGUGCAGCUCGCGCUACUCAGUGUGUUACUGGUCCUGAUUCUCGGACCCUUCGGGACCGGGGGCUUUUCGUAUGAAAAUUUGCCCGCGGUCGCGAUGGACUACAAAGUGCACAUCGACGCCGGCAAGGAGGACUGUUAUUCACAAUACGUGAACCCGGGAGCAACCUUCUACGUUAGUUUCCAGGUCUUGCGCGGUGGCGAUGGGAAAGCUGGUUUUGCAGUAAGAAAUCCAGAGGGAAAUAUAGUUUAUCCUUAUCAAUGGCGUCCCAAUGGUGAUUACCAAGAUCAAUCAAUAAAUGGUGGUUAUUAUACUGUAUGCAUUGAUAAUCAGUUUUCUAGAUUUGCUGCAAAACUUGUGAACUUAUAUAUUACAGUGAUCAGAUAUGAUCAAUGGCACCAAUAUAAUAAGGAACUGGAAGAACUGAAUCUUUCUGUUGAGAAUUUUACGAGUGCAAUUGUGCAUGUGGAGAAGAACAUUAAUGAAAUGCUUCAGACUCAACAUUGGAGCAGAGGUAGAGAAGCGAGAGACCUGAAUCUGCUUUUGGACAAUAAUUCUUAUGUGCAGAUGUGGUCGAUCGCGCAAGUGCUCGUUAUUACAGUGACAACUAUGAUACAAGUGUAUUUCGUUAGGAAACUGUUCGAUGUAAAACCAUCUGGACAUUCUAAGACACGCAUUUAACAUUGAUGAAUUGCAGUCAGUUAUUAGCUCAAUAAGAGCACUGUCCAACAUCUAUUGUGAUAAGACUAACACAUAUUAAUUGAUUAAUCUUACAUGUCAUACAAAAAUCUAUAGAUAACAGCAUAACUAUGCACAUCAAUAUUUCGUUUAGUGAAUACAAUUAAAGUUUUAUCCGUCAAUUUUAUUUUAAUGCUGUUAUAUAUUUAUAUAAAAUUAUUCUUGGAGAUUAUUUGGAGAGACGACGAAAAUACAAGAAAUUAUGUACAGAAAUUUUUUAAUGAAUAGACAUUUCAAAAAUCUCUAAAAUGAGGACAUAUUUGAAUGAAAAUUAAUUAGUAACAAAUGGAAACAUGAACUUUCAAUUUGCGAAAAUGUAACAAAGUAUUUACAUUUUGAUGAGAUUUUACAUUUAUAUGCAUUUAUCUACCAAAUAGACCACUUACACAAUUUACUGUCAUUAAUCUUAAAUACAUUAUUUUUGAUAAUUUUUAUAACAAAUAUUUUAUUGUCGAAUAUUUCUUUUCCUAUUUGUUCUUAUCUAUUGAUGUACUAUAUUUACAAGUCAAAGCGCUGCUUACAUCAUAUAAGACUGCCACACAUUUUACAUUUAUGCAAAAUCAUAUGUUCUAUAUUUCCAUCAUUGAUUUUUACUCAUUGUUUUUAAUUUCAGAUAUUUCUCAUGUACGAAUCAUGUUGAAGACAUUUAAGGGAUAUAUAUGAGAUUUAUAUAUUUAUAUUGUAUUUGUAUAAAAAUAAUAAACAGACGCAUAUACUUUUGUUA